AUGGAGAAUAUGGAGAUAUCCCAGCAAAUUAAAUCCACCACAUUGUCUGUUCCCUCGCCGACCGCGACACAUACUGCAUGUGUCAAUGGCGCACGUUUGCAAAUACGAUGCCUCAACACCUUUGAGGUGGUCCGUAAUAUCGCCCUCCCAUCCAGCCAUGAUUUGCGCUCGUCAAAGAUUACCUGGUCACCCGCGGUCAUCCCGCCGUUGACCUCAUCGACACAUACAUCUUCGCCCACCACCACACCUCCCCGACGCUCAUUACGGACACCACGCCUCUGCUCGAAUCGCGUCCUCAUAUCUGAUGAUGACACAACGCGCGUUUACGACCUCCGCGACGAGAAAUGGAAUGCUGUAAUUAGCAAUGGCUCCGGUGGCAUGGGCAAGAAUGUCCACGUAGAGUUUGGAGGAACAGAGGACGAGGUACUUGUCUGGACCGAUUUUACCGCCUGUGUUAAGAUAUGGUGCUUGAAGACGGGACGGGUAGUGGAGAUACGCGAUCCGAAGUUUCCUGGUAAAGAUGGCAAGGGCUGGGGCUACCGACCUGCUGACGAUACUGGAUUGAGGAGUGGAAGGGGACAAGGGCGUGUUCUGGCAUUAUUGUGUCGUGCAUCAGGGACCGAUAUCUUAUUACUGCUUGCACCGCAGACGUACAAGGUUCUCAGUCGAGUCGAACUCCCUACUACGGAUGCCGCGGGUCUGAGAUGGAGUCGCGACGGACGUUGGCUGGCCAUCUGGGACGCUGCGUCUGCAGGCUACAAGCUUUGCAUAUACACAGCCGACGGGCACUUGUAUCGCACAAUAAUUCGCGAAGCAUCCGAGGACGUCAGCGAAUGGGAUGUAGAAGGCCUGGGCAUCAAGAGCCUGGAAUGGGUCCCUGGACAUGAACGACUUGCAGUUGGCGGCUGGGACCGGCGUGUUCGCAUACUUUCUACACGCACAUUCGCACCCAUCCUUUUCCUCGACCACACACCUGUCAUCGACGUACCCAGCGCACCCGUAUACACAGAGCAAGUCGAUAACGUGGGCACCCGCAGUUUCACACUCACACCACAGCCCGCCACGCCUCCCAAAGCCGCUUUAGAAAAGAAUGAAAACGCGCUCCUAAAGCAAGGCAUUGGCAUGCUCAGCUUCAACUCCGAAGGCACAAUGUGUGCAAGCAGAGACGACAGCACACCCUGCACAGUCUGGAUCUGGGACUUGCGCAGUCUCCGCCCCCGCUCAAUCCUCAUCAUGUACGCGCCUGUGAAAGCGCUCCUCUGGCACCCGUACGACCCCAAUCGUCUUCUUGUCCAAACCACGCACGACGACCCAGUCGUGUACUUGUACACUGCCUCGCAGCGCUCCCACGCGGCAUCUGCUUCCUCGGCAAAUUCUUCAGCGACUACCCAACAUCCGCCAUCCAUCCUCUAUUUAGUUCCUCACAUUGCUAAACCCGCAGUCGCGACUCCCGCCCGCUGGACGCUAUCCUGGCUCUGCGGUCCUGCAAAUAGUAAUAAGAAGCCUUGUUUCGCACUCGCGCACACUCAAGCUUCCGUUGUCGUGUGGCCCGAGGGCAAAGACCAAAUUCUGCGGUUUGAACAUGAGGACGAAGAGGAGGGAGAAGUAGAAGAAGAGGGGUCCGAUGAUAGUUUGUAUGAUAUACUUACUGGUCGCACCCCGGUACCGGGUACGAGGGAUAGCAUGCAGGAAGAGGGAUUCGGAGAUAGCACGGGUACGGUGCAGGAGCUAGAUGAUACAUUUAGAUCGCGGCGACAUGCACAGGAAGAUGGAGGAGAUGUGGAGCACGAGCACGAGCACGAGUACUUUGAAGAAGGUGUAUUGGGAGAUAGUGGUAUGAGUGAAAUGUUUUGA